AAAUUGAGCAUGAAGAAGAUGACCUCGUUUAUAAUGUUGUGGACAUGGAAACUGUGAUAAAAGCCAAGUUCUCCGAUAGCCAUAAUCCCAUAAACUUCAGCUUGGAAGUAGAACUUGAUGAUGGAAUAUAUGAUACAAGUUUGGUAGAUGUUACUGUCAAUCAAGACUCAGGGUCAGUUGUAGCACAAGAAAUUGCCAAGCAUCUUCAAGAACAAGUAGAAAAAGGAUCAGAAUAUUAUUGGGAAAUUUGA